UUUUCACCAAUCAACACCACUGAUAACGAAUGUCACUUGUUUAUCAGUUUCAAUAGAUAUUGAUAACAAGUAACUACAAUCGGCCACCAGUUCUCGGUCACGAAAUCUUCGAAGAGACCUUUGUAACAUCCGCCGAAGCGAGAAUUUUUUUUGCGAAAAAGGCACAACCGAUUUGAUUUUGAGAGCUUUAAAUUUAUUUCCAUGGAAUCCACUGUAGUAGACAAUGUUCUUGGAACAUUAAUGCACUUUAUGUUCCCCAUCAAGAUGUUACUGCGACUGUAUUCUCUCUGUAUCUUGAUGGUCGAUAUAAUAUGGGUGGUGAUGAACGCAAUAUUAGCAGUACUGCAGUCAUGUUACCAGGUGUUCAAGCCACCACCGCUGAAAUCUGUUAGGCUGGAGACUGCUCUGGUUAUCGGCUCCGGAAGAGGGGUAGGCAGAGAGAUAGCUAUACAGCUGUCUGAACUCGGGGCAAUAGUGCUUUGUGUUGACAAAAACAAAGCGAACAACGAUGACACUGUAGAGAUCAUUAAACGCAAAGGAGGUUCCGCUGCAGCAUUCACAUGCGAUAUAACCAGACAGGACAACGUCAAGAAGUUAGCUUUAGAUGUCAAGAAAGACCUGGGUUUCGCUACCAUGAUAUUCUACUGCUGUGGUAUACCGAGCCCUAGGUCCCUUCUGACGCAGCCCCCGCAGAAUAUCCAAGACUCGUUGAAUCUAACGCUGACAGCUUACUUUUGGCUCCUCGACUACUUCAUGCCGGACAUGAUAGCCAAGAAUCACGGUCAUAUAGUGGCGCUGACCUCCGUAGCUGGACUGAGCUAUAUCAAGGAUCAGUUACCAUUGAGCGUGGCCCAGUUUGCAGUCCAGGGGCUGGCCGAAUCUCUCAUGGAGGAUCUCAGGAUACAUAAGGUGGAAGGUGUCCAUGUGACACUGACUCAUAUUUAUCCGUUCAUCGUUGAAGAAAGUUCAGAUGUAAGGCUGAAAAUACCAAGCUACUUCGGCACCAUAACGCCUGCGCAGGCGGCGUCGUCGAUCCUCGACAGUGUCCGUCGGAAUUACCACUCGGCUUCAGUACCGAAGCACCUGCUGUACCUCGGUCACCUUCUACGAGUACUGCCAAGGAAGGCGACCGUUCUCAUCAGGGAUUUGCUCGAUACCGGAGUGGACUUUGCUUAGUGAUAUUGUGAAAAUAUUGUGCGAUUAAUAUUCUUAAGUUCAUGUCCUAUACUUCAGAACCAAAGCAGUUUAAAUACAUGAUUACCUUCUAAGAUUACCGCCAAGGAAGGCCACCAUUGUCGUCAGUAUGAUAUUGGUCUGCAUAAUGUCAGUAUGAUAUUGGACUUGCAUAGUGAAAUUGUAGAAAUAUUGUGCCAUAAAACUUUUCUAGUUCAUUGUUUUAAUUUUGUAUAAGUUUCAAUACACUCUCAAUGAGCUGCAAAUAACAACCGUUAGAUUGAAAUUACAGUCCCCAUAACAAAGUAUAAUGAUUGGAAAAGACUGAUGACUGAAACUGACCAACGUACAAGGUCUCAAACAAAUGUGUGAUGAAAAAUAGGGUAUAGGGUAAUACUGUCAAAUUGAGAACCUCCUCCUUUUUUAAAGUCGGUUAAAAACUAACUGCAUUUUAAUAGGUAAUUUAGAGCUUUUUGGUAUUUAAUUUUCAUAAGAAAAAUAUAAGGUCCUUAGAACUAACUGUGAUAGAAUUAACAGUGGCUAUGAAGUUUGUGUUAUGAUGAUAAAUGAAUGAUCAUCAUACUUUGAAUGACCAAAAACCAAAAUGUGCCUCUCUUAUAUAAUGUAUAGCGGCCCGCCCCGGCUUCGCACGGGUGGACAUAUUUUUGUGUUUUAUGCUUUGAAAUAAAUUUAUUUCAAAACAAAUUUAUGCCUAUGUCACUUUUGAAGGUCUAUUCUAUCUGUGUCAAAUUUUAUAAAAAUCGGACCAGUAGUUUUUGAGUUUAUUCCACACAAACAUACAAAAAUACAAAUCUUUCCUCUUUAUUAUAAGUGUGGAUAUAAAAUUAAACAGACCUUGAGUUCUGGAUAAAAUGUAUGUGUUUUGGGAAAAUCACAGAAAUUUACUGGAAUUAAUUUGAUUAUGUUUGGCUAUUCUAAACUUUUAAAAGUAGUAUUGCAUAGUAGUCAAGUAUACAAAUAGACUGACAGUAGAAAUAAGCUACAUAUAAAUCUGUAACUGUGAUUGAUCCCUUUUACUACAUAAACCCAGUAAUCAUAAUGGCAGACCCUUAUAUAUCUAAGACAUAUUUAAAUUAAAAUUCCUAUCACAUUAUGUGAUGCUGUUGGCAAGACUAUCCAAUAAAUAGCAAGAAAAAGUGAAGUGUUUUAGAACUUUUACACUAAAUGUCUUUAAAAAUUAUUUAUUUCUAUAGAGCAAAGAAACUCAAUUUUUUUACUUAGACUGAUUAAGAGUAAGCUAAAAAAUAACGUACCUUUUUUAAUCAAAGAAUGACUUACUGCUCUAUGUGCCAAAAAUAUAAGAUGCUAAUAAAAAAAAUAUUAUAUUUGUAAAAUUGCAACAAUAUCUGGUAUUUUGGCCUAAAAUUUGUAUAGGAUAUGGUUAUGUAAUUGAAGUAUCUUAUUCAAUAACUGCUAGGAUUUUUGGGUAAUAAAAUUAUAUUAUUUUUUA